CGCAAUUCGAGCGAUUCGGAAGCGUUUUGCCCUCGUCGGAACUGAGAAGCAUUAUAAACCGAUAUAUAUCUUUAUAUAUAUAUAUAUAUAUACAUAUAUACAUAUAUAUAUUAUUUCUGGUUCUUCAACGCGCGUGUUACAAACGAAAAGUUUUGCAUAUUCCCAGAAAUUAUAAAAAUAAAUCUGGACGCUUUUUUUCGCGCCAAUAAUUAAAUGCCAGUUGUGCGCAUUGUGUCUGUGAUUCUGGCUUUUUGGCAAACAAUAUUCAAAAGUGCUCAGCGAAUUUAUUUUGAUAUGAGUAAAUAAUGUGCACGGCAAGCAAAUAAAUAUCGAUAAGCAUCCAAGACAGAUCACUGCGAGAACGUUUGUAAACACACACCGUACAGUGAAUAAAACAAAUAAUAAUACACAAAAUGGAUAGCAGCAAAUUGUUAAAGAAUGUCUACGGCAUCGACAUACACUUUGAAGAUCUCGUCUACCAGGUUAAUGCACCCAAGCAAGAAAAGAAAUCAGUGCUAAAGGGCAUUUCUGGUACCUUCAAGUCCGGCGAAUUAACCGCCAUUAUGGGCCCCUCGGGGGCAGGUAAAUCUAGUCUUAUGAACAUCCUCACGGGUCUGACGAAAACCGGAGUCACUGGCAAGAUUGAGAUUGGCAAAGCCAGGAAGUUAUGCGGUUACAUUAUGCAGGACGAUCACUUCUUUCCCUACUUUUCUGUGGAGGAAACCAUGAUGAUGGCGGCAACACUAAAAAUCUCCAACAAAUGUGUCAACCUGAAGGAGAAGCGAGCCCUAAUUGACUACUUGCUGAACUCCCUGAAGCUGACGAAGACGCGACACACGAGAUGCUCCAACCUGAGUGGCGGCCAAAAGAAGCGUCUGUCCAUUGCCCUGGAGCUGAUAGACAAUCCAGCGGUGCUAUUUUUAGACGAGCCCACAACUGGCCUGGACAGCUCCUCCUCCUUCGACACCAUUCAGCUGCUACGCAGUCUGGCCAACGAGGGGCGCACCAUUGUGUGCACGAUCCACCAGCCAUCGACGAAUAUCUACAAUCUCUUCAACCUGAUCUACGUGCUGAGCGGGGGUCAGUGCACCUAUCAGGGCACGCCCCAGAAUACGGUCAUGUUCCUGAGUGGCAUCGGCCUGGAGUGCCCCCCAUACCACAAUCCCGCGGACUUCCUGCUGGAAUGCGUGAAUGGUGACUAUGAUGAUCAUACAGAGGCCCUGGCCGAGGGCGCCAAGGACACUCGCUGGCGAUACGAUCAGCAACUGAUGCAGGGCGAGACUGCGGAACCGCCCAGUGAAGCUCAGGUGGCAAAGUUCAAUGAAUCCCAAUCACCGGGACAGGCACAGCCGCAGGUCCAUAAGAUCGAAAUCCAGCACAUGGAAUCGUCCAAAGAACUGACGAGACACAUAUUUCCUCCCACGGAAUAUAUGCGACUCUGGCUGCUUAUAGGUCGGUGUCACCUGCAGUUCUUCAGGGAUUGGACGGUCAUCUACUUGAAGCUUGGCAUUCACAUACUCUGCGCUAUAUUAAUCGGUUUAUUCUUUGGUGAUUCGGGCAGCAAUGCCACCAAACAAAUAUCCAAUGUGGGCAUGAUUAUGAUACACUGCGUCUAUCUGUGGUACACCACCAUAAUGCCUGGAAUUUUGAAAUAUCCCGCCGAGAUAGAAAUUAUUAAAAAGGAGACAUUUAACAAUUGGUACAAACUUCGAACGUAUUACCUUGCCACCAUUAUCACCUCUACUCCAGUUCAUAUAAUCUUCUCUACUGUAUACAUAACGAUAGGAUAUUUAAUGACCGAACAACCCAUUGAAAUGGAUCGGUUUGUAAAGUUUUUGCUGAGUGCCGUUGUGGUUACGAUCUGUGCAGAUGGUUUGGGUGUACUUCUUGGCACUGUAAUGAAUCCAGUGAAUGGAACAUUUGUGGGUGCUGUUUCGACAUGUUUCAUGCUAAUGUUCUCAGGGUUCCUCAUCCUGCUCAAUCACAUUCCAGCAGCCAUGCGGUUUAUUGCCUAUAUAUCACCUUUACGUUAUGCAUUGGAGAAUAUGGUUAUAUCCUUAUAUGGCAAUCAGAGGGAACAGUUGAUAUGUCCACCCACGGAGUUCUACUGCCACUUUAAGAACGCUAUCACCGUGCUGCGUCAGUUUGGAAUGGAGCAGGGCGACUUUGGCUAUAACAUCAUGAUGAUCCUGGCCCAAAUUGCGCUAUUCAAGGUGCUGGCCUACUUUAUGCUUAAGCGCAAGAUCAAAACGAACUGAUCGCGGGACGAACUAGUGCGGGUGCUUUUAGUAUUUGGGCUUAAUUUAAAUCAAAUGUGAUUUUAUGUUACUUAUAUGUAUAUCGCUUAGUUGCAAGUAAACCCAAAAACCCCCUUUUCUUUAAAUCGGCGUGUGAUACUUUAACAAAUGCAACGGACCAACCUGCUGCUGCAACCUCUAAGCAUAGCGAAUCAUAGUUUUUAUACUGUUUUUUGUAUUUGGAUAUAUGCAAACAUUUAUUUACGCGUAAUUAUUGUCUAGUUAACCUAGUUGUAAGAGUUGCCUGUAUGAACAAAACGAAAUGAAAAAUAAACGUAACGAUAUAUUUAACUAUUAA